AUGAGCAGCAGACACGUCCUCAUCCUCGGCGGCCACGGCAAGGUCUCGCAGUACCUCACCCCGAUCCUCCUCAACAAGUCGUGGACCGUCACGAGCGUCAUCCGCGCGCAGGAGCAGGUGCCGACCAUCGAGAAGCUCGGCGCCGGCAGCGCGGGCAAGCUGAACGUGCUGGUGCGCAGCGUCGAGGACGUCAGGGACCAGGCCCAGGCCCAGGCCAUCUUGGACGAGGUCAAGCCCGAUACCGUCAUCUGGAGCGCCGGUGCCGGUGGAAAGGGAGAUCCUCAGAGAACAUUCACCGUCGACCGCGACGCCGCGAUCCACUUCGUGAAAGCCUCCGUCGCGACCCCCUCCGUCAAGAAAUUCAUCCUCGUCUCCUACCUCGCCUCCCGCAAGAACAAGCCCACCUGGUGGUCCGACGACGAGUGGCAGGGCGCCCUCGACGUCAACAAGAAGCUCUCCAACUACUUCAAGGCAAAGGUCGCCGCCGACGAGGUCCUCUGGGAGGAGUCCCGCACGCGCCCCGACUUCGCCGGCGUCAGCCUGCGCCCCGGCACGCUGUCGGACGAGCCCGCCGGCAAGGUCGAGUUCGGUAAGACCAAGGGGUCCAGGGGCACCUCGAGCAGGCAGAGCGUCGCGGAGGUGGCGGCGCUGAUUGCGGAGCAGGAGGGGUUCAAGACUUCGUGGGUCGAUCACUUGGACGGGCAGGAGGAUCCGAAGGAGGCCGUGGCCAGGGUCGCGAGGGAGGGGGUUGAUGUCGCGGAGGGGGAGGCGUUUUACAAGGCUUGA